AUGUGGAAUAAUCUAUCUUUUAAUUUAAAAAUUGCAUGUGAACAUACUCUUCCAACUUUUUGUUACAAUAUAUUUCACACGUCAUGUGGGGACGGUUUGCUAAGAGAAAAUGUUUUUUUAUUAUUUAAUACAGAAAUACCUGAAGUAAAAAAAUCAGUUGAUGAGAUUGAAAAUUUACAUGUUGUGUUAAAUAAAUCUAAAGUUGUAAGAGGAAAUAGAAAUUUAGUACAAUUAGAAGAAGCUAGAAAUUCAAUAGUUGAGAGUCAAUUAAAUUCAUUAUUAGCAGGAUUACGAUUUGAUAAUGAUGGUCCUGGACAGGGUGGAUCCGCUGUUGAAAUACCAUCAGAAUUGAAGGAAAAAGAAAAAGAAAUGUUUAAAGAAAAUCAAUUUAAUUUGUUAGCAUCAAAUAUGAUGUCUAUUAAUAGGACAUUACCUGAUUAUAGAUCUGCAAAAUGUAUAGAAAGAGCAAAAACAUUUUCUCGUUUAACCUUGAGAGAAGUUUCAAUUGUUAUUGUUUUUCAUAAUGAAGCUUUCAGUACAUUGUUAAGAACUUUACAUUCAAUUAUUAAUAGAUCAAAUUUAAAUCUUAUAAAAGAAAUUAUUCUUAUUGAUGAUAUGAGUGUUAAAGAUUUUCUAAAAAAACCAUUAGAUGCUUAUCUUAAAAGAUUACCUGUUGAAACACAUCUUGUUCAUCUACAAGAAAGAAGUGGAUUAAUUAAAGCUAGAUUAGUUGGAGCUAAAAUGGCAAAAGCAUCUAUUUUAUUAUUUUUAGAUGCUCAUGUUGAAUGUACUGAAGGAUGGUUGGAACCAUUAAUUGCCAGAGUUUCAGAAGAUAGAAGAAGAAUCGUUGCCCCUAUAAUUGAUGUUAUUUCUGAUAGUAAUUUUGAUUAUCUUACAGCUUCUGCUGAUGUUUGGGGUGGUUUCAAUUGGAAUAUGAAUUUUAGAUGGUAUCCUGUACCAGAAAGAGAAAAUAUUCGAAAAAAUUAUGAUGAAUCUGCACCAAUUGAAACUCCAACAAUUGCGGGUGGUUUAUUUGCUAUUGAUAGGCAAUUUUUUUAUGAUAUCGGAGCUUAUGAUCCUCUUUUUAAAAUAUGGGGUGGUGAAAAUUUAGAAAUAUCAUUUAGAGCCUGGAUGUGUGGAGGAUCAUUAGAAAUUGAUGUUUGUAGCAGGGUUGGACAUGUCUUCAGAGCUACAACACCAUAUACUUUUCCUGGAGGUACUGCAAAUAUUAUUUAUAGAAAUGCUGGUAGAACGGCAGAUGUUUGGAUGGAUGAUUAUAAAGAAUUUUUCUAUAAAAUGGUCCCAAGUGCCCAAAAUGUUGAUAGGGGUGAUCUUACAGACAGAAAAAAACUUAGAAAAGAUUUACAUUGCAAAUCAUUUAGAUGGUAUCUUGAAAAUAUAUAUCCUGAAGCACCUAUUCCAUAUGAUUAUAUAUCAUUAGGUGCUAUUAAAAAUUUAGGAACAAAUAAUUGUAUAGAUACAAAAGGUAAUAAAAAAUCUGGAAAUCCUGGUUUGAUUACUUGUCAUAACCUUGGUGGUAAUCAACUUUGGUCUUUUUGUGAAAGAGGCAAACUUGCAAAUGAUGAUAGUUGUUUGGUACAUCCAAGUAUUAUAAAUUUUGAUAAACAAGUUAAAAUUGAUCGAUGUACAGUUUCAAAAAUUCCAAAUGACAACGAAGUCUUCAAAUACAAUAAAGAAUUAAAACUUAUUGUGCAUGUAAAAACUGGUGAUUGUUUAAAAGCUGAUAAUGAAAAAAUUAUAUUUGCACCAUGCAAUCAAGCUGAUAUAUAUCAAAAAUGGGAUGUUGGAGGUUAUAAAGAAUAA